AAAUAAAAUUCUCGUAAUACACUAAAUAGGCUUUUUGUAACGGUUUUUCCUCCUCGGCCAAAAAAAAAAAGGUCAGCAAAGAAAGGAAAGAUUUUCCAGUUAUAAUCUGUUUGGUUGGUGAGAUUCGUUCAUUCAGUUUAUUUGUUGUUGUUGUUGUUCGGCUUAUUAGGCUCGUGAUCUCUUUCUAGGGUUUUUUGUUUUUGAAUAGUAGGAAGAGGAAAUCGGGUUCUUGAUUGGGAAGUGUUAGAGGGAAUUGGAUUUUUUUUUUGUUCAGAUGAAGAAGUGGCAAUGAGGAGGGAGGGAGAGAAAUGGAGGUUAGAUCUGAGAAUAAUGUACAAGUGAGGUGCGACAAGAUUCCUAGUCAAGUGAUUCCUAGGACUCGCCUUCAGGUUUGGUUCUUUAGAGUUUGUUCCACCAUUUUGCUUUGGACUUGUUUGGUCCAGCUCGUCGCCGUUGGUGAGCUAUGGCACCCGCGUUUGCUCACCGGUUUAACCAACCGGAUUUCCUGGAUCACGCGUCCUCCUCUCCGUGUUCAACAGUCGCUACAUUCCCCGCCCCCUCUUGUUCCUCUCAGAAAUUAUAAAAGUAAUGGUUUUCUCAAAGUUUCCUGCAAUGGGGGCUUGAAUCAAAUGCGUGCUGCGAUCUGUGACAUGGUGACCGUUGCCCGACUUUUAAAUCUCACUUUGGUUGUUCCGGAGCUUGAUAAGACAUCAUUCUGGGCUGACCCUAGUGAUUUUGAGGACAUUUUUGAUGUGAGACAUUUCAUUGAUUCUCUAAGGGAUGAAGUUCGCAUUGUCAAAAGGCUGCCAAAGAGGUUUAGUAGGAAACAUGGCUUUGAAGCUUUUAAGAUGCCUCCCGUUAGUUGGUCAAAUGAAAAAUACUAUUUUGAACAGAUUCUACCACUGUUCAGUAAGUAUAAGGUAGUACACUUCAAUAGAACAGAUACACGACUGGCAAAUAAUGGGAUCUCACUCAAUCUUCAGAAACUUAGGUGCCGAGUCAAUUUCCAAGGACUGAAAUUUACUCCUCAGAUUGAGACAUUGGGGUACAAAUUGGUUCGCAUUCUUCAAGAAAGGGGACCUUUUGUGGCAUUGCAUCUAAGAUAUGAGAUGGACAUGUUGGCUUUUUUAGGUUGUACACAUGGCUGCACUGUGGAAGAAGCUGAGGAGCUAAAACGAUUGAGGUAUGCAUACCCCUGGUGGCGAGAGAAAGAGAUAGUGUCUGAAGAGAGGAGACAACAAGGGUUAUGUCCUCUGACACCGGAGGAAGCAGCAUUAAUUUUGCAAGCAUUGGGUUUUGAUAACGAGACUCAGAUUUACAUUGCUUCUGGUGAGAUUUAUGGCAGUGAACGGAGACUGGCACCACUAAGAGCUGCAUAUCCACGUAUUGUGAAAAAGGAAACACUAUUAGAUCCAGUGGAACUGAAACAAUUUCAGAACCAUUCGUCUCAGAUGGCGGCUUUGGACUUUAUGGUAUCGAUUGCCAGCAACACUUUCAUUCCCACGUAUGAUGGGAACAUGGCAAAAGUUGUGGAAGGUCACCGCAGGUAUCUUGGGUUUAAAAGAAGUAUCCUGCCAGAUCGAAAGAAACUUGUGGAGUUGCUGGAUUUGCAUGAGAAUGGGACACUUCAAUGGAAUGAGUUUGCACUAGCUGUAAGGCAAGCGCAUGAGAAUCGGAUGGGACAGCCCUUCCGUCGUCGGACUAUUCCAGAGAAACCGAAGGAGGAAGACUAUUUCUAUGCAAACCCUCAAGAGUGCCUAUGUGAGGGAACAAAUUGUGAUGACUUACUAGGCCCUAAUAACUCAAGUACUCUACAAUGAUUGUCGGGUGAUCAGAUCUGAACUCCUGCUUGAGAUGGUAACCGCCAUGACUGUUUCUAAAUGGUGUGGAUGAUAAUCCAGUCAGGUUCAGGACAGAAUGCCCUACACGACCAUGUAUACAUGCACUUGAAGAGUUUUGUAAGAAAAGGCGGCAGAAAAUCCUGCAGUUCCCAUUUGGGCGCCCAAAAAAAGGAAAAUCUUUUGAUUUUUUUUACCCCUUUCUGAUAAAUUUAUUUGUUUUCCUUUUGCUUCCUACCCUUUGAUUUGUAUUCAGCACUGUCACAUAAUUCCACAGUUGAAUUAACAGAUAUUGUACAGUGUCCUUGUCCCUUGUUC